GUUUUGUCCUCCUCACUGCUUCUCCAUUCUCCAUAUGCGUACAUGAACCAGUACAUGCCUCGCGUGUUAGUAACAAACAGUGAUGGCCUAACCUCACAAUUAUUAUUUGACACCCUCUCCCCAUUUCUUUCGCGAACAUGUCAUCAUUAUCAUCAUCAUCAUUAUUAUUGUUGUUGUCGUCAUUGUCAUUUCCGUCAAUUAUCUUUCACAUGACUUUUCAAUUCCAAGUGAAACGCGCGUGUUUAUUUCAUUGGAGCAAAUCAAUUCCUGGAUUCCAUUACUAUACAUCUUCGUUAUGCCUCGGGACAUAAUAUCAAUUCACCAUCUAGCUGAUCAAUUUGUUUCGUUAUUGCAAUUUUUUAUAUAAUAUAAAGGACCUAUAAACCACCGCGUGUCACACAACUUGCAGGAGAUAAUUCUUCAGCACUUAAACCUCUUUAGGUGAAGAACCGUCGGAUGCGAAGGAGACAGAGAGUGUGUUUCCAAGCGUGAUGACGUUACUUUACUCGAUAAUAGGGAGCUCGCUUUUUGCUUAAAGAAACCUUUUUGCCUCAAACAAAAAAAAAAGAAAAGAAAACACCAAGACGAGGAAAAACCUCAAACAUGACUAUAUAAUUUUCUCGAAGGCUUCGCUCUCUUUCUCCAAAACCUCUAACAUUAAAGUAUUUAACUUAAAAAAAAUUGUACGACCAAAAAAAAAUCGUUCUCAAAACUUUUAAGCGGUCUUAAUAAAACCGAUUAAACCACAUAAGAACGUUUAUUUUGCUAAGAAAAAAUUAGAUUUCAAAUUUAAUUCUAUAAAGCAGAAAAAAAAAUCAAGUUUUGGAUUUUAAGAAGACACACAUACACACUAAGACAAGAAUAAAAGUGUAAAAUUCAAAGCAUGAGAGGAGAAUAAUGAGAAUACUUCUGAGAAAAUUUUAUACACUUGAGAAAAGCAUCAAAGCUGCUGGCUUCAAAGGGACAUUGCAUCUAUAAAUCAUUCGUCUUCAAGAAUUCAAGUCUUUUCAGCCCAAUCGAAAAAAGAAAGAAAGCUUCAACUAGUUUUUUUCCUUCCCACCCCUCAGUCGAAAUACAAAUGGAAGAAGGGAUUUUUCUUAACGAGUUCAAAAUUGAUUCACAAUCGAAAGAAAAACGUUAUUUGAGCUAAGUUUGGAAAAAAGCGAGAGAGAGAGAGAAAGACAGUCCUUUUUUUGGUGUGGUAGUAAGAAGGUUUUUCAAAAUUAAUCGAAAAAUGACUGUAACACAUAGAGAUAAAGAUGGCAAAGUCGUUUGGACGAAGCAUUGGGGGCCAGAGAGACUUGUCGAGAUCUAUAGGGAACCGGAAACUAGUCUUGGACUUAGCAUUGUUGGUGGAAAGGUGGACCUGGUGAAUACUGACAGUUCAAACAACUCUAAUGUGUCCGGAGUAUUCAUAAAAAAUGUAACACCCAAUACACCGGCUGGUAGGACAAGGGGUUUGAAGACGGGAGACAGAAUAAUCGAAGUGGACGGAAUAGAUUUGCGGAAUAGUUCAUAUGAAAAAGCUGUGGAGGUGAUUCAAGCCUCCGGCAAUCCGGUAUGUCUUCUGGUACAGUCAUUGGUGCAUAUGGAAGAUGUGGAUCAGUCACGUUCGAGGGUGGAUUUUGUCAAGCAAUAUUCGGAGAAAAAAUCUGAACCUACUCAACGCAGCUCAAUGCGCAAAUCUUCUAUGAAGAAGUCUAUUCGUAAGAAAGCUCCAUCACCACCUGGGGAAUCCCAAAUCAUUCGGGAGAUCACAGAAGAAGAACCACGAGAGCCAGCAAAACCAGUACCAACGCGAAAAUACUCAUCUGAUGAAAGUUCCGAUGAAGAAGACGCUCGCGAAUUAGAGGGAAAUGUUUAUACAAAAGCUGGUGUUGAAAUUUCAAGGAAAAGUGCUGGCAAUGUAAAAAGAACGAAAGCUGAAAUUGAAGCUGAUACUGAAGAAGAGGAUGAUUUUGGUUACACAAAUAGCAAAGUUCAGAAAAAAUAUCACAACCUGGGACCAACGGUCAUAAUGGUAAAAUUAGAGAAGAACAGACGCGGAUUAGGAAUUUCAAUAGCCGGCCAUAAGGACAGAAAUAAAAUGGCAGUUUUCAUUUGUGGUUUAAAUCCAAAAGGAGCUGCUUUUCAAAACGGUGGACUUAAAGUUGGAGAUGAAAUAUUGGAGGUAAACGGUGUAGUGCUGGUAUCAAGAUGCCAUCUAAAUGCAUCGGCCCUGAUAAAAGGAAUUCCUGGUCCAGUUUUCAAAAUCAUUGUCUUCAGGAAAGCUGGACGAGACGAUCUUUCAGUAAGACCGAUCACUCAUUUCCCACCUUCUUUAGACGAUGAGGCAGCUUUCAGUCAAUAUAAAGGUGUGCGGAUCGUAUCAAUUAAAAAAGGCCACUACGGUCUAGGCAUCAUGAUUAUCGAAGGCAAACACGCAGAAGUGGGACAAGGAAUUUUCGUCUCAGAUAUUCAAGAAGGAAGCGCAGCGGAGAUAGCGGGUUUACAAGUGGGAGACAUGAUAUUAGCUGUGAAUAUGGAUUGUUUACUUGGAUCCACCUACGAUGAGGCAACAAAUCUUUUGAAAAACACUGAGGGAGUCGUCAAUCUCACAGUGUGCAAUCCAAAUCAAAGCAAAGUUGCUCAAGAAGAAGAAUUUCGACAAAAAGCCAUUAAAGAGGGCAAGGAUCCAAAUAAAAUUGAAAUUCCCAAGGAGCCAGAAAAACCAAAGGAACCAGAAGGAUCAAAAGAUCCAAAAGACUGUGCCAUUAAUACUGGAAAAGAUACUACUAUUGAAUUUCCAAAAGAAAAAGACAAACCAAUUGGUUUCAUUGUUAUUGGAGGAAAUGAUUCGCCUGUUAAUGGAGUUUUUAUACUCGACGUAUAUCAGGAUGGAGCAGCCGGCAAAGAUGGACGAUUACAACCAGGAGAUCGAGUGGUAGAAAUAAAUAAAGAAAGUAUGAAAUCAAUGGAACAAGAAAGAGCUUAUCAAGCUGUUCUAAAAAUCGUCAAUGGCCCUGUCCACAUGAUUGUACAUCGUGACCCAAAAGCAGUGGAGGAAUUCGAAGUCGAUCUUCAGAAAAAGUCUGGGAAAGGAUCAGGACUUUGUUUGAUAGGUUAUAAAAGUGGAAAAGGGGCUUACGUUUCAGAAGUGGUGCCCGGUGGUUGUGCCGCAGAAAGUGGAAAAAUAGUAAGAGGCGAUAGAAUAAUUGCCGUGGGUGGACAAGAUGUUCGUGAUAUACCGGUCGAAGAAAUUGCGGUGCACGUAAAAAUUUCCAAUCCAGUGCAAUUAAAACUUGCCCGAUAUAAAGUCAAGUAACAAGGCUAAUAUAUCUCCCCCUCCCCCACACCCCUAAAAAGAGACACCAUCCCCCAAAACUAUACCAACAAUUUUGAUACGAUGAAAAAGAAGCGAAAUUUCGCAAACAGACUAUAGAAAACUAAUAAUUGGACUAGAUCAGUAUUCAUUAGCAAUGAGAAAAAAAAUAAUCGGCGUGCCACGCAAUGACUGGCAGAAAAAAAAGUGCGCUAAAAUUUGCGAUUAAAAAAACAUUCAAGAAACAAAAUAUUCCAAAAAAAGUGACAAAAAUCAGUAAAAUAAAGAAAACGAACUCAAGGAGAAAAAAAACUAUAAUUAAUAUCGCUUUAUAAAGUUCUUAACUCGGUUCUAACAUAUGUGAUAAUUGAAGUAAUAAAUUAAUAUGUUAUUUGAAAAGAUAACAAAAUAAAAGUAGAAGUUAUUGAAUUUUCAAAACAAAUUAUAACGAAUUUCACGUUAAAUGCUAUUAUAUAAUAUUAAGAAGUUUACCAAUUUAUACCUCGAUUUUGAAGCGCAUUUUGUAGCCAGUCGUUGUAAUUAGUACUAAAUAGAGGUUCGCAUACAAAAAAGUGUAUUUAAAUUUAAAAACGAGGAACAAAUUUUCUUUUCUCAGAAUUUCUAGGAAAAACAUGUCCAUUUUAUAUAAUACCUAACAAAACCUUGAUAUAUUGAAUGUAGAAAAAAAAUCCAUACAUUUUCAUCAAUAGUGAAAAAAAAAGUUCUAUUUCAAUCUUUAAAGGAAUUGAGAGAGAUUUGCUCGAGUAUAAUGUAACAGAAAUAAUUUCAUUUAAAAUGAGUGAAAGUCGACUGAAAAUUCUGCCAAAUAAAAAUACGUAUAAAAAAUUUAAAUUCUCCUCAAAUGAAAAAAAAAAAGGAAUUGAAAAAAUUAGAAAAACCGAGAAAAAGGCAGUUUUGUCCGUCCGAUCAUUCACGAAAAUUCUGUCCACUAAAAGGAUGACCAAAUAUUUAAAAAAAAUCCAAGUGUCCGAAAUUUCUAACUUUUAUAGAAUCUCAUUUUUUUGUACAAUAGAAAUAAAUUUUUUUUAAAAAUCGUAUGUUGUAUAAAAACACAACGACUUGACGCUUGAUUGAUUCCUAAAAACGGUCCUUUCGUGGAUCAGUUCGUCAAAAUGAUCUGCCUAUCUCUUUGUACACAAUUACCUUUUUUGAAAAAGAAAAAUUCAAAACCGAAAAAAUAAUUUUUUAUUUGACAACUUAAAGUCAACUUUCACUCUCUUACUCUCUAACUUCUUCUUUAACUUUAUAAGCUACACUUUAUUUACUUUACACCUAAUUUCGAUUACUAUUUUAUAUACAAUAUAUAACGAUAAUCUAUAAUUGUUACUUCAAAUUUGAAAUUCUAUUUAAAAAAACUGGCUGCAUUUACUCAAUGUAAUUUAUUUAUUGUUAUGUAUAUUAGUUGUUAAUUUGUUAUAAAUUAAAAAAAUGUUGUCAGUUUAAAAAUGCAGUGAGAAAAAACAAAAAUUUUAACUAUAAAAUGAAUAUUUAAAAUUUUUCAUUCUGUAGUUUAAAAUAUUAUAGUCUUUUCUCACCUUAAAAUGCUGUUGGAAAGUUUAUAUUAUUCAGAUAUAUGUCAGAAAGUAUCGAAUGCAAAAUAUUGUAAUUUAUUGAGCAAAACUCUUUAAACAUGCAUUUAUCUUGGUCCAAAAAUCGAUUUUCUAAAACAAAAAUAAUAAAUUUAAUCUAAUUGUAUUAAUUUCAAUUAUUAAAUUAUAAAAGUUAUUGGAUGAAGUUACAAAAAAGAUUAUUUAAAUUACCGAAAAAUAUUGAUCAGUUAAUUUUAAAACUUAAACUAAUUAGUUAAGUUUAAAAAUUAUCAAAAAUUAUACAAAAACAUUUUUGAAGUCGAAAAAUUGAAUUUUUCUUUAAAUUGCCAACAGCAAAAUAUAAGAAUUCAAGAAAAGUUUGAUCCUAUUUAUGAAAAUGAUACAAACAUUUUUUAAAUAUUUUCCUCUAAAAAUUCAAACAAAACUUUCAGAAAAUAAUAUUAUUUUGACUCAAAUUUUUUCAUUUUUGAAUAAAGAAACAAAAAUUUCAUCAUUUAGUGAUAAUAAAUAUUUUUUUUAAUUAUAGUUUUAUAAAGUUUUCCAUUUAGACUCACGAACUAAAUAAGAAACUUUCUUUGUGAGUCUAAAAAAACGGUUUUUGAGACCAAUCUAAACAAAAAAAAGGAAGAGAUAUAUCGUUUCCACUAUACGUAUACUUUUAUCAUGUAAAAUUAGUAUUAUUACUAUGAAAAUAAUCAUAAAAGAGUCGUUCGUAAAACGUCUUUUCGAAAAAAAAAGUUGUAUAAAUUUUAGUGAAAGUUUAUGAGCAUUGCCUAAAGUCCGUCGUACUAUUAUAUAGUGAUAGCAGAGCUUUAAAAAAACGAUUUUAGCCGUUUUAUCAGAAAAAAAAUUCUACGUUCGUUGCGGAAAUAAAGCAAAAAAUCUUUUUAAAAAAAGACGAGUAUUAUUAUAUAAUAUAUUUACUUCUGAAGAAAAAAAAGGGAACACGAGAGAGUAUUCCGACAUAAUGCGGAUUCUCUUAAUAUUUAAAAAGUAGUUUUUUCCGCGUAUCCGCGCUGGUACAAGGGAAGAAAAUAAAAUUGAUAAUUCAGUGAUAAUAUAUUCAAUAACUAUUUAAUGUAAUACUUAUAUUUAUGAGCAUGGAUUUGAAAAACAUCUCUAGAAAAAAUUAAACAGUCCUUCAACAUGUUUGUAAAUCCAGAAUUUUAGAUUUAUGUACUUCUCAGAUGAGUUACUAUAUAUGUCAAACAAAUCAAUUAGUCAUAAUUAAUUUUUAAAAUAAUAUGCUACUUUUUAAAUAUUAACUCAAUUUUAAAUUUCUAUAAUCAUAUUUAUAUUUAAAAAAGAAUCCUUAACUUGAUAGCUAUAAAAUUCCUUUUCUGAACUGCACUUGCAAACUAUCUCUUAUACUCAAGUAAUUUAUAAUUACAACGUAUAUAUAAAAAUUUAUUUAUUUUGUCAAAAGAAUUAUAAUCCAUGAAUAUAUAUAUAGAAACAAAUGUAACUCAUCUAAUUUUGCCUUAGUUUUAUUUCGCGAAAAAAGCGAAAACCAGCGCGGACCUGUCGCUGGAUUAAUUAUAUAUAUUAUAUAUUAUGUAAGACUUUGUGAAUUUUCGAAAAUGAUAUUAUUAAGUAUUUAAUGAAUUGUCGAAACCUAUUUAAAUAGUAGUUUUAUCUUUAUGAUGUCUUCCAAAGGUAGAAACUAUCUUUCUCGAUUGUUGAUAAAAAUAAUAUGCGAGAUCAUUCCAUUAUCAUUUUUUUUUCUUUUUUUGACCAAUUGAAUAAAAAGUAAUAAAAAUAUAAAAAAUUUAAUUAUACGGGAAAUAUUUCUGCAUUUGAAGGACAUUUAUUGAAUCGAAACUUAAAAGUAUAUAUUAUAUAGGCACCUGUAUAUUUGUAUUGGAAAUUCAGAAAAUUGUAAAUUACAUUCGGCUGUCACCUUAUUAAUUUAGAGAAAAUAUAGAAUGUAAGAAUAAAAUAACUUUCGAAACCAAAUAAAACCAUUCAUAAAGUAUUAAAA